AUGUAUUGGGAGCAAUUGGAACUGCGAUGUAGGUCUCUUUACCGGCCUCCGAGCGGACAGCCCGCGCCCACUACAGGCAGACCAGUGCAGAACAGCUACAGUUGCUGUGCACAGUGUCACACUACACAGCCAGCCUGGGACUUCAGUCUGCAGCAUCGGUUUUGGGCCCCUGGUCGUAUAGGUAACCUGUACUCUCCAAAUCCUGGGACAAGCAGGAAGACGUCACCCUGGAGUUGGUUCCCGUGGCCGCGGGGAAACAGCCAGAAUUCCCGAUGCAGAAUGAGUGGGGUGCCACAAUCUGGGGAUAGCGCGUACGGUUUUUGCGAAACCGACCAAAACCCAAACCCAAACCAAGCUUACGAGGAACGCUCUUACCCAACCAACUUUAACCAAUUCCAACGUCAAAACCCACCAAACUUCCAAACCUCCCCAACUUUUCCCCAAAACCCAACAAAUUUCCCACCGAAUUCUGCCAAUUUUCCCCAAAAUGUGGCGAGUUUUAGCCAAGGGCAAUACCCUGCUAAUUUUGGACAAGGAACCAGUUUUGGUCCAGCUUUUCAAGAAGGGUUUGGGGAAGCUAGUGGCAGCUUUGAUGCCCAGACAGGGGUGUGGGGUCCACCACCCCCGUACAGCCCACAAGGAAGAAAUGGCAGUCGUCAUCAUCUUCAUCAAGACCCGGCUGCGGCCACAUUACUUCACCAUCACCACAUCGAUCACCGAAAUCCCAUACAACACGAGACAAUGCCACACGCGUGUUCCAGAAACUUCCACAUGCAGAACAUUCCAGAAAUGAAUCGGAUGAAUCCGGAAACGAGUAGGAUGAACACAGAAAUGACACGAAUAAAUCCGGAAAUGGCUCGGAUAAAUCCAGAACUGGCGCGUAUGAAUCCGGAAAUGACACGGAUGAAUCCAGAUAUAGCUCGGAUGAAUCCAGAUUUGAAUCACAUUUAUCCGAACGAUCCGAUUCAAGAGGUCAAUUUAGAGAGAUUUAACACUUUAAGAGGUCAUUUAGUGCCGUAUAGAGGGUGUCCGAGGUUAGGAAUGAGUUCUGGAAACGUCCAUAGAGAUUGUAGAGAGGAUAUUACUAUAGAAUGUUUGCAUCAAAAGUCUGCUAGUAAAGUUUCAGACCAAAGCAGUGAUUCCUGUCAAAAAUUGGGAAAAGAAAAUUUGGGUUUCCAGAAUGACAAGCAUUCGCCUGUGAGAUCAUCAAUGCAAGAGUGUCAACGGUCGAACCAAAACGCGGAAUCCGAGGUGUAUUUUGCUGAUGUGUCGAGCUGCUGUAACGUGAGUGUUCAGGCCGAUUGUUGCAUCAACGCCAACGUAUCAGCACUAGUGGGAACAAUCGAGAACCAUCCAGAAUCGACAUCGGAAUCGGAUACUUCGUUUACAUUAACACGCCAACAGCGUCCUCAACCACAAGUCGGCUCAAAAAGACGUCCAAAACACACAGACAAACAUACGAAAACAGACAAAAUAAGAGAUUUCAACAAUUCAGUCCGAUUAACUGAACAGCAAAUAGAACAGUUGAAUAAUUCUAUGAGAAUCGAAAGGAUGACCGAAGUCAGGAUGAGUGAUAGAAUCAACGAUUCUAGAUGCGAUCGGAUGAAUGAAUUGCGCGAAUCAAGAAUCAAUGAUUCUCGUGAUAGAUUAAAUGAUUCUAGAGUCGAUAGGAUCAGUGAGAGGGAACGCUUGAAUGAUACGGAUCGAAUGAACGAUUCUAGAGAUCGAUUGAACGAUCGUCUGAACGAUCCCAGAAUUGACCGAAUGAAUGAUCGAACGAACGAUAGGAUCGAACGACUGAACGAUGCUAGAGUAGAGCGUAUAUCAGACAGAUUCGAUGAUAGAAGGAUGUCAGAAUUGAAUUCCAGCAUAAGAAUUGAGGGUAGUCCGAAAAUGCGUUCACACAUAAGCCCUUUGAGGAUGCCCAGAACGAGUCCUAAGAAUUUAAAUAAAGAAAACCCAAGGCAGUCCAGCUCGGACUCAAAGGUUGACUUUUUUCCUCCUCCAACUAAUCUAUCACCUCUCUCGCCCAAUACAGAAGAGUCGCUACUAUCAGACGAUGAUAGGAAUGUUAAGCCAGAAACAGUGUACUCGAACGAGCCCGAGGUGUCGAAAUGCUUAGGUCCCGACUUGCAAUACGAAACUGUCAAGAAGGACGACAUUUUGAAAACGAAUCAUCAUCAUUGCUAUAGCGAUACUAAUACUAUGGAUUCUGGAUGGCAAAGUGGAUCGGAGAAACAGGUCACAGAU